UCCCUCAGCUGACGCCUGUGUGUGUGUCAGCUGACUUGGGUUGCUGUCAUGUGAUAUUUGUGCCUGAAUCAGAGCAGAGCGGCUGGCUGAAACAAUGGCUCAGUCUACUGCACUCUUCGGUGUCUUCUUUCUUCUAUCUGUUCUCGUCUUCAAAGGGUUUUCCUCUCCGCCUUCGGGUAAAGAAGUGUGGGACUAUGUGGAAGUGAGACCCGGGGCUCACAUGUUCUGGUGGCUUUAUUAUUCUGACAGUCCGUCUGCUCAGCAUCAGGAUCUGCCGCUGGUCAUGUGGCUGCAGGGUGGACCGGGAGGAUCAGGAAGUGGCUUUGGCAACUUUGAAGAGAUAGGACCACUGAACAGGGAUCUAGAGCCCAGGAAGACAAGCUGGGUGCAGGCAGCCAGCGUGUUAUUUGUGGACAACCCUGUGGGCACUGGCUUUAGCUACACUGAACAGCCUGAUCGCUUUGCUACCAACGUUUCCACAGUGGCCUCAGACAUGCUGGUGCUGCUCAAACAUUUCUUCACACAGUUGCCAGAGUUCCAGAGCAUCCCUUUCUACAUCUUCUCUGAGUCAUAUGGUGGAAAGAUGGCAGCUGCCAUCUCACUGGAACUCAGCCAGGCUAUAGCCCAAGGCUCAGUGAAAUGCAAAUUUGCAGGUGUGGCGCUUGGAGACUCGUGGAUUUCCCCGUUGGAUUCUGUGAUGACAUGGGGUCCAUACCUUUAUACUACUUCCCUACUGGACGACUAUGGCCUGGCUGAUGUCAGUAAUGCAGCGGAGAAGGUGAAGCAAGCUGUGGAGCAGCAGCAGUUUCUUAAAGCGACUGAGCUGUGGUCCAUCACCGAGACAGUAGUGGAGCAGAACACCAAUGGGGUGAACUUCUACAACAUUCUAACCCAGGAACCAGAUGAUAAACUUGCUUCUUCUGCAGGAGAAAACUUCAUCUCUCUGCAAGCUCGCCGCCACAUUCACCCUCUGCACAAGCAAUCACUGAGUGAGCUGAUGAACGGGCCAGUAAGAAAGAAACUGGCUAUCAUCCCUCAGAAUGUCACUUGGGGAGGUCAAGCAGAGAAAGUGUUCAGCCAAAUGGCUGGUGAUUUUAUGAGGCCAGUGGUGGACAUAGUGGACCAGUUGUUAAUGGCUGGAGUCAAUGUCACAGUUUAUAAUGGCCAGCUGGAUCUUAUAGUGGACACCAUGGGUCAGGAGCUUUGGGUGAAGCAGCUGACGUGGGAGGGACUUCAUAGUUUCACCCAGCAGAGGUGGACCCCCCUUGAUGACCCAGCCGCCCCAGGAGUCACUGGAGCCUUCUACAAGACUUACAAGAACUUUGGAUUCUAUUGGAUCCUUAAAGCUGGACACAUGAUUCCCUCAGACCAGGGACCCAUGGCCUUGCAAAUGCUGAAGAUGAUCACUCAGCAGGACUGAUUGACCCACUGUUGCGCCAGCCGGGAUGGCUCUGACAAUCACAAAAAUCAUCUUGAUUUCCUUGCUUUCCAAAAUGAACUUCCAGAUAUCAGGUGUAUUUGAUUUUAAGUUCAGUAAAUUCCAGCUUCUAAAUAAAAUUCUUUUUUUAUACUUA